AAGAAACUCAGCUGUGCAACGCCUGUCGGAUUUUUGGUUUGUUUUGCCGGUUAGCAGAAUUGCAUACUUGCAAGUAUUUUUCUUCAAAUCCGUAAAUUUGUGUAAACAUAUACGUAUUUGAAAACAAAUAAUGAUUACUUCCGCGAUAUAUUUUGUAUCAUUGUUGCUUGUGUUACCCAAAACACACAGCUGCAGCCAAUCGCCGCCGAAACCCAUUGUUGGCAUGCAGUUAAGUGAUUCUGGGAUGCAUCGCGAACUUUUCUACUCUGUGCAAUUUGCCAAUACGCUAACCAAUAAAAAAUGUGAGUACGUGCUGGAUCAACUGCUACCCGCCGGUGUCUACAUUAAUGUUGAUCAAUUGGAUGAUCUAAAGCGUUUACAGAAAUUAAAUGCAAUUUAUCCGCCAUUCAUAGAUAUUGAAUCGCCAACGGAGAAGUCAAAAUCGUUUACUGUUUUACUAAAAGGUAUUCCGCACCCAACGGACAAUAUUAAAUUGCCUUUACAUUAUCGUUACCACGCGCCCAGCAAAAAUCACAAUAAGUUCGCUACUGUUGAGAUACCUAUUCCGAAAUUAUAUAUAAAAUGCGAUACGCAUGACGGCGGUUCUAUUGAUGAAUUACUGGAGACAGCAUCUAAAUACCAAUUUUGCCUUAAUAAAGGUAGCAUUAAGUUCGUAACGCAACUAAGCGAAAAUGAGAGCAGUUCGGUUCCAACGACUAACCUUGAAGUCUACGAAAAUUGUGGUUGGUAUUUAAUUGAUGUACAUUACCAACUUAAAUCGGAUCUGCGUGCUGACAUACCUAUAGGAAAUGAAAAGGCAUUUUCACCGGUGUUAUAUGUGACAAUCGUCAUAAGUUGGGCUAUAUCCUUAUGGACAGUGUUCCGCACACAUUCCAUUCCUCGACGCAUUAAUUAUAAAUUAGAAGAGCAGCGCAUAUUGCAAAAUAAAAUCAAGUAAUCUCUUAUUAAUAAGUGUACAACUAUCAUUUUGCUCUAAAUAUUCCUUUUUCUUUAUUUAAAAGAGCAAUAAUUAUAAGUAAUCAUUCCACUUAAACUAAAAUAUAAUUUUCCGCUUAAAAUGCUAGAAUUAAAAAAAAAAACCAAAAACUCGAUCUCAAUAAAGUAUAAAUAUCCUCGCUGAACUGCAAUAUGAAGCAAGAAUUAAAUUUAUUAUUUAUGUAUUGUAUGUUUGAAUUACUUAUUAUACAAAUUAAAAACUGCCACUCAUGACACUACUAAUUUCUUAAACUGCAAAACAAGAACAACCCAUCCCCAAAACUUGCUUAAUAUUAAUCUUUUUUAAAAACCUUAUUUAUUUAUUUAUUUUUUUAAUACACAAACGCCAAUCG